AUGGGCAACCGGGACACGGCCCUGGGCAACCAGGAUAUGGCCCUGGGCAACCAGGACAUGGCCCUGGGCAACCAGGAUAUGGCCCUGGGCAACCAGGAUAUGGCCCUGGGCAACCGGGACAUGGCCCUGGGCAACCGGGACAUGGCCCUGGGCAACCGGGAUAUGGCUAUUGCCCACGCCAAGGGGCCACCCCCCAGCCCCGAGCCCGCCGAGCCCCCCGGGGCCAUCCUGCUGCCCGUCAGCUACCGCCUGUCCAACACCCGCCUGGCCUUCUUCCUCAAGGAGCUGGGAGCCGGCCCCUCGGGCAACGGCAGCGCCCCUCUGCAGCGCUCCGAGCCCUUCGUCGUCUUCCAGACCAAGGAGCUGCCCGUCCUCAACGUCACCCUGGGGCCCUUCAGCACGGGGCUGGUGCUGCCCAAGGAGCACCUGCAGCCCUCCAGCACCCUGGAGGUGCCCGACCGCCUCACCGUCAACUGGAAGGUGCGCGCCUUCAUCGUCCAGCCCCGGCUGGUGGCCAGCCAGCCCGUGGUCCAAGUGCUCUUCUACGUGGCCGGCCGCGACUGGGACGACUUCGACGUGACGGACCGGCUGCCCUGCGUGCGGCUCCACGCCUUCCGCGAUGCCCGUGAGCUGAAGAGUUCGUGCCGCCUGCGGGGCAGCCUGGCCAUGUGCCUGGUGCAGGCUGAGCUGCCCCACGCCUGGUUCGGCCCCUCGGCUGCACCGCCGGGCAGGAGGAAGAGCCCCGAGAGCCUGGAGGAGGUGCCGGGGGAGAGCCAGCAGGCCGAGCUCUACUACACCCUGCACGCCCCGGACGGUGCCGGGCAGUGCCUCGGGGACUCGGCCGCUCGCCGUGGGGCCGGUGGGGCGCGGGCUGAGGGUCCCACGCAGCACCCGCUGCUGCGCAUCGGCAGCGUCAGCCUCCUGCGGCCCCCGGCCGGGCCGGCCCUGCAGGAACACCACCUGGAUGGGAAUGUCUUCAUCCGCCUGCCGGACAAGCCGCUGAAGCCGGGGGAGGUGCUGAGCAUCCUCCUCUACCUCAUGUCCAACUCCACCGUGGAGCACUUCACCCUCAGGGUGAAGGCCAAGAAAGGGGUGAACCUGCUGAGCACCAAAUCCCGGAGCGGGCAGUGGCUGGUGAGCUCGGAGCUGCUGACGGGCGGCAAACACUCCACGGCCACUGUUGACGUGUCCAGGGUGGACGGGGCUGGACCCAGGGAUGGGGACUCCUCCUCGGAGAUCAUGCAGCUGGAUUUCGAGAUGGAGAACUUCACCAGCCAGUCGGUGACGCGCCGCAUCAUGUGGCACAUYGACUACCGGGGCCGCAACCCCCCGCCCGACCUGGAGAAGGUGGUCACGGAGCUGACRGUCAUCCAGAGGGACAUCAGGGCCAUCGUGCCCCUGGCCAUGGGGCUGCGAAGCGAGCAGCUCCUGGGAGAAGGAGGUGCCGGGGUUUUAUUGGCCCAGGUUUCCAGCAGCUGCGACUACGUCUUYGUCAGCGGGAAGGAGUCGCAGGGCUCCAUGAGUGCCCGGGUCACCUUCACCUAUGAGCACCUGUCAGCCCCGCUGGAGAUGACGGUGUGGGUGCCCAAACUGCCCCUGCACAUCGAGCUCUCGGACGCCCGGCUGAGCCAAGUCAAGGGCUGGAGGGUGCCCAUCCUGCCGGACAGGAGGUCGGUGCGGGACAGCGAGCACGAGGAGGAUGAGGAUGAGCGGAAGCAGAGCCGGGGCUGUGCCCUGCAGUACCAGCACUCCACCCUGCAGGUCUUCACCCAGUUCCACACCACGGCGGCCGAGGGCACUGGCCAGGUGGUCACCAUGCUGGGGCCCGACUGGCUGGUGGAGGUCACCGACCUGGUCAGCGACUUCAUGCGUGUGGAUGACCCGCGGGUGGCCCACAUGGUGGACAGUUCCACGCUGGCUGGGCGGGAGCCGGGCACCACCCUCUUCAAGGUGGUGUCCCCGCUGGUGGAGGCGGUGCUGGGUGAGACRCUGGUGACGGUGGCAGAGGAGAAGGUCAGCAUCACGGACCUGAAGGCCCAGGUGGUCUCCAGCCUCUCGCUGUCCCUCCACCCCAGCCCUGGUAACAGCCACACCAUCAUCGCCCGCACGUCYGUGCAGCAAACCCUCAGCUUCUUCAAGCAGGAAGCGCUGCUGAGCCUGUGGAUUUCCUACAGCGACGGCACCACRGCGCCCCUGUCCCUCUACGACCCCAAGGACUACAACCUGGUGGUCAGCAGCCUGGACGAGAAGGUGGUGACGGUGACGCAGGACCGCGCGUUCCCCUUGGUGGUGGCGGAGAGCGAGGGCGCGGGGGAGCUGCUGCGGGCCGAGCUGGUCAUCUGCGAGAGCUGCCAGAAGACCAARCGCAAGAGCGUCCUCUUCACGGCCUUGGCCACCGUGCGCGUCCACUUCGGCUCCGAGGAGGACCCCACCUACGACUACGACCACGUGCCCAGCAGGCCGGGGCUGGGCGAGGCGGGGGCRAGCACCACCCUGCGGGCAGAGGUGGACAGGAAAGCGGACCCGAGCGAGGACGGCCGCGCACCCGGCGCGUCCCACCCCACCGAGGACUUCCCCACCAUCCCCACCGGCUUCGUGCAGGUGACGCGGGGGCUGACGGACCUGGAGAUCGGGAUGUACGCCCUGCUGGGCGUCUUCUGCCUGGCCAUCUUGGUCUUCCUCAUCAACUGCAUCGUCUUCGUGCUGAAAUACCGGCACAAGCGCAUCCCGCCGGAAGGCCAGACCAACAUGGACCAUUCGCACCACUGGGUCUUCCUGGGCAACGGGCAGCCCUUGCGGGCUCACAAUGACCUCUCCCCGCAGCCYGAGAGCCCGGGGAACCCGCUGGAGAAUGUGCAGACCUGCUGCCACGGGGACCACCACAGCAGCGGCAGCUCGCAGACCAGCGUGCAGAGCCAGGUGCACGGGCGCGGGGACGGCUCCUCGGGCGGCUCCACGCGGGACCAGAGCGAGGACCCGCUCAACUCGCCCACCUCCAAACGGAAGCGGGUGAAGUUCACCACCUUCGCCACCAUGCCCUCGGACGAGCUGGCCUACAACUCCAUCCCCAUCGCCGACGAGGAGGACUUGGAGUGGGUGUGCCAGGACAUGGGGCUGCAGGACCCCGAGGAGCUSCACAACUACAUCCGCAGGAUCAAGGAGAUCGCUUAACG